GACAAACAAGAUCAUAGAUUAAAUUCAUUUCAAUACUUAACCCAACAUAUACAAUUUGUUAAGAACUGUAGAAAAGAAUUUAUAGAAUAUUUAAAAAAUGACUACAAUUCGCCAUACUUUACAACAAGAAGUAUUUCAACCGAACGAAGAACGGUUGUUAGCAGCCUGUCAUGUUGAGAAAUUAUACAAGAAGAAAAAGGCUUCCUUUUUAUGUAUAGUUAGCAACACUAAGCCACCCCUAACAAUUUCACUUAUUCAAAUUAAACAGUCAGAGAAAACGUAUAAAAGGAAAAGGUCAUGGAAUUUAGUAGAGCUUAAAUCAGUAGAUGGAAAAAAUGUUCUAGCCGAUAAUUUAGAGUUUGAUUUACAUUUAGAUAAACUGUACAGAUGGGUAGCAUCAUCUGCCCAAGAAAGACAACUAUUCAUAAUAACAUUGUGGAGGCAAAGUUCCAAGUAUUUUCUAAAAGAGAAACCAGUUUUUAAAAAUGUACCAGAAACAUGGAUUAGGGAAGAUGUUUUGACCCCUGAAAAUAAGUUUAUCUCAUCACCCAUUUUAACAUUGGAAAAUGAUAUUACAGAAGAUUUUAAAGCAAUUACUGAUAAAGAACAAGAAGAUUUAAGCAGUCUUAUGGCAAAUUGUGAAUUUGCCAUAAGUAAUGCAGAGGCAUUUAUGGAAGUUCUAGCUAGAGAUUUGUCUCUUCUUGAUGGAGAAAAUGUACAGUAUCUUCUUGCUUCAGAAGCCAAGGUUGAAUCAUUAAUGAAUCUAUUAGAAAGUGCAGUUGAUGAAGCUGAUAAGAUCGAGCAAAGGUUAGACGAGUAUGAUGAAAUUCUUUGUCAUGUGAAAGAAACUAUGGAAAAAAUGGAGAAGAAGAAUUCCAUGAUCAGUACAGUCAACAAAAAUAAUAUACUGUUACUGAAAGAACUAGAAAUAAUUAUUAAACAACUUGAUUUACCCCGAAAAUUUCAAGACAUUCUAGAUGAUGCAGAUCUAACUAACACACAAGGUUUGAAGCAAGCCAUUGAAGCAGGAAAUGCUCUAAGAGAUGCAAUGAAUUGUCAGUUGGACCCUGCUUUGUUGAGAAUGUCAGCAGUGCAGGAGCAAAGAAAAAAGUUUGAAAAAUAUAAAGACAAGUUUUCAAGAGCUAUAUGUAGACAACUAAACAAUUUAUUCAUUCAUUAUGGCAACCAUAAGGGGGAGUCAGAUCGAAACACUGAAGGUCUAGUUUUACCUCAACACAGUAUGGUUCAUAAAGAAUUGAUACCCUACACAGAAUUAAUGCAUUGGAUAAAAAUAAUGGAUCGUAAAGCUUCUGAAGCUCUUAAAAAAGUAUACACAGAUUCGUUAGGAAAACUUUAUGAUAGAGAUGUUCACAAUUUAUUUGAAGCAGCUAAAGAAAAAAUUGCUCCCUUAGGACAAGUUUCAACUCCCACUCGUAAUUUAGCCCUUCUCGGCCUGGAUAGAGAACAGUGGACCUUAGAAGUAAUUUCUGAUGAUCGUCAGAGAUAUGAAAUAAUUAUAGAGCAAGUAUUAACACAGCUAGAACCGGUUUGUUUACAGGAACAGCAAUUUUGUGUCACAUUUUUCCAGUUAGAUAUACUUAGUCCAACAUCCAAAAAUACUCAAACAACUUUAGAUGGAAUGGGAGCUGAAGUAAAUGUAUUGCCAAGUAAAAAAGCUGAAAAGCAAGUUCAUGAAGAAGUUAGAAACAUGAUGACAAGCCUAUUUUCUUGUCUUGAAGAAGAGCUUCUCAGUUUUAUUGGCUACAUUGAAAAAUAUGAUCCAUUCCAUUGCAUGUAUGUGCUAGUUCAUCUUAAUCAACACGUAAUGUCAGCUCAAAGUUCUUUCUUGAGUAACACAUUGGCUUCUGUUUUGAUUCACAUGAAAAGAACUUUGGACCGUUUCAUGCAACUUCAAAUAGAUUCUAUCAAAGAUUGUAAAAUUGCAAGAAAGUCCAAAUGUGGCAUUCUUCCGUACGUUCUCAACCUAGAAGAGUUUGCUAAACUUGCAGAUGUGUUACUUAAAAGUGACCGCAGAAUAGACUUGGAAAAAUGGUACAUACGACUGGUGGAUACAAUGAUUGAGUUUAUAAAUGUACACGCCAACGAACAUCAUAAAACACCACCUCAAGUUAUCAAAAUGGAAAAUUACCAUUAUCUGUAUUCAUUACUAUCUCAAUUAAAAAUAUCAGUAUUAGAUAAUCAAAGAAAAGAAGCGAAACAGAAAUAUAAUGAAGCUUUGGCAGCAUAUGUUACUCAUUAUUUCGGACGCCCACUUGAAAAAUUGAACAUAUUUUUUGAAGGAGUUCAAGCUAAAGUUGCUAGUGGGGUAAAAGCAUCAGAAAUCAGUUACCAACUAGCUUUCAGUAAACAAGAACUAAGGAAAGUAAUUAGCCAGUAUCCAGGAAGCACUGUAAAAAAAGGUUUAGAAUCUCUAUACAAAAAAGUGGAAAAACAUUUAUCAGAAGAAGGCCUUGUUCAAGUUGUUUGGAGAGCAAUGCAAGAGGAAUUUAUAAGACAAUACAAAAUGCUUGAAGAUUUAAUACAACAGUGUUAUCCUGGUUCUAUGAUAGCUCUAGAAUUCACUAUAGAUGAUAUUUUGAACUUUUUCUCGGACAUUGCACGUUCUCAUUAGUAAUAAAAUGAAUUAAACCAGAAAGUGUAAGGAAGUAUUACAUAUAAAGAAAAAAUACAUACAAGGGCCUUAUUACAAUGUAAAAUAGUUUUGCACAUAAAAUAAAAUGGUACUGGAGCACAGUUCAUUUCAAAAAGAUUUUUCAAAAAUAUUCUAAAUAAAUUAUCAGCUGAUGCAACUAAAAAUUGCUCAAGCAAUGCAAAUGACUU